AUGAGUGAUCCAUUCAGCCUUGAGGACAAUUUGUUGUUCCUAGUAUUACUGAUACUAAGGAACAUCGCUAGCGUUAGCUUUGUGCUAUCCUGCAUCACCCAAAGAUACAUUCAACAACAGGAGGCUGACCAGGCUUAUAUUCAUUUCCUUCAACGUAUAAGCAAAGAACAAGACAAAGAGAUUUUACGACGCAAAAGACGAGAAUGGGACUUAGAACUGGGCAGCAAAAAUGGAAAACUAAUUUGGAAGAUUGAAGACUUUGAAAAAACAUCGAGAAAACGCGUGUUCAUGGAGUCCCCUCUGCUGAUGACAAGCGCCCAAGGCUAUGCAGUUCGCCUGAAUGUUCACUUUGAAGGUGACCAAGGUCAGCACCUAUCAUUCUCUCUUCGAGUCCAAAAAGGUGAGCACGACGGGGCACUGGAAUGGCCGUUUCGACCCGAUAUCCGUAUUGGUGUCAUCAAAUUCCCCAACGAACCAUUGGAAUUUGAAAAGAAACUUGAUUUCAGAAGUGCUGAUUUGAGCCAGAGCGUGGGGCUACAGCAGCCGGUGUCAGGGGAAAACCCCAAGAUAGAUUUGGUCACCAUACAGACCAGUGACAUUUUGGAACGUGGAUGUUUAAUUGAAGGAACACUGUUCGUGGAGUGUACUGUUCAAAAUAUAAAAAGAAAUGUUGAUUUUCAGCAAAAUUCUAAUUAG